AUGUCGAGCAGCAGCGGCGUGUUUGAGAGCAGACUGAAGGCGGUGCUGGAGUCCGCGACUGAAGGCGGUGCUGGAGUCCGCGGUGAUGGAGAUCCUCCAGCUGCACGAGGAAGGACUGGCGCUGCUGCGGCCGCAGAUCCGCCGGAGAGACGCGCAGAUCGGCGCGAUGCGGAGCUCCAGAGACUCGGGCGUCUCGUUCAGAAACCUGCUUCUCAUCUUCAUCACGAUAGGAAUCUAGACUCCAACCAGACAAACACCGAUCCAGAGCAUCAUUCCUGUGGAGAAACACACACACAGAUCAUCUGCGUAGACAGAGAGGACGCGCAGCUCGCCGGAGACCUUGACGCUCCUCACAGCGAGGAAGACUUCGGUGGACUGCUGGAGGUGGAGAUGAAGCAGAGCUUUCCAUCUGAAAUCACAGGUCCAGACCGGCAGGAAAACACGGAAACAACAGAUGAUCCGCGCUGCUCGCAGAUGCCUGCAAACACAGACGCAUGCGCAUACGCGUCUGCGGAAAGCAGCUCAUCUGUCGCUGCUAAACAAACAUUAAACAACCUCAGCUUUGAGUCCGUAAACCAGAACUCAUGGGCCGAGAGAACAGAACCAGACUUCAUCCCAACAUUUCCGGAUGAGAAUAUAAACCGCAGCUGCGCAGACAGACGCGCAUUUGCUGCGAGAGAAGCGGCGCACCGCAGAGAAACGGUGCAUGAGAAGUGGUUCAUCUGUUUGUUCUGCGGGAAGAGUUUUGACCGCUUCAGUCACCUGCAGAUGCACCAGCGCAUUCACACCGGAGAGAAACCCUUCUGCUGCGCAACCUGCGGAAAAAUCUUCUCACAGCAGAGCAACCUGCGCACGCACCAGAAGAUCCACCGCAAGACACGCACGCAUAUGUAA